GUCUCUCCCUCUUCGCUGUACAACACUAGUAAAAUAUUCCUCUCCCCAAAAUCGGCAGACGAACGAAACCUGUAACCCUCUCUGUCCCCCCCUCUAAUUUUACGCUCUGUUUGGUUACCGAGAAAUUGCAAUAAAAGAAAAGAUCCGAUUUGAAGGAAAUUGGUGUUUUUGUGGCCAAGUUGACGAUGGAGGCUAUGGAUACUACGACAAAUACACAAUCAUCUACGCCUCGAUGGAAACAGACGGGUAAGGAAGAGAAGACUGCAGCAGUUCAUGAAGAAAUGAAGAGAAUUAAUCAACUCCCUGCAACCAGCACUUAUGCUACUCAUCGUUUGCGUGUUCUCAAUAAGAUCCUCCAACUUAUGUCCAUUAAGAGGACUGUAUCACAAGAUGAGGAAUUGGAGUUACUUUUUGCUGGGUUGCAUCUGUGAUUAAUUUCCCAGUGCUUUGGUUGGCAAACAUCAUCACAGAAUGUUAAUCUCCAGACUGUAUCUCCAAGGUGUGACAGACAUGGUUCGACCUUAGUAUGCGGUGUGGGAAGAAUACCGGUAGGCUGAAAACUAGUUCUUGUAUCUUCUGAAGCUGUUUUCAGUAAAGUGCUCUGUAUCUUUUGUUUGAUGAGGGUCCUUCUUGCCCAUUUUGUUUUUAACUAUCUGUGGCAAUUGGAUAGCUACCAGCAGCUAGUGAUGUCCUUCCCUCGUAAA